AUGAAGCACCUCGCAGCUUACCUCCUCCUCACCCUGGGCGGCAACGAGUCCCCCUCGGCCAAGGACAUCAAGUCCGUCCUCGAGUCCGUCGGUAUCGAGGCCGACAGCGACCGCCUGAACAAGCUGCUCUCUGAGCUCAAGGGCAAGGACGUCAACCAGCUCAUCUCCGAGGGUUCCUCCAAGCUUGCCUCCGUUCCCAGCGGUGGUGCUGGUGGCGCCCCUGCUGCCGGUGGUGCUGCUGCUUCCGGCGGCGGUGCCGAGCCGGCUGCCGAGGAGAAGAAGGAGGAGGAGAAGGAAGAGUCCGACGACGACAUGGGCUUCGGUCUUUUCGACUAA